AUGCAGUUCACCGCGCUCUUCCUCUCCCUCAUUGCUGUCGCCAGCGCGGCUCCCGCCGAGCUCGUCAGCCGUGCCGCCACCACCUGCGGCACAGUCUACUACACUGCGAACCAGGUCAACGCCGCAUCUCAGGCAGCUUGCAACUACGUCAAGAGCGGCGGCACCGCUGGCAGUUCCACCUACCCUCACAAGUACAACAACUACGAGGGCUUCAACUUCCCCGUCAGCGGUCCCUACUACGAGUUCCCCAUCAAGUCUGGUGGUGUCUACACUGGCGGCUCCCCAGGUGCCGAUCGUGUCAUCAUCAACGCCGGGUGCGCCCAGGCUGGUGCCAUCACCCACACCGGCGCCAGCGGCAACAACUUUGUCGGCUGCUCAGGCACGUCUUAA